AUGUACACCAACAACCCCUACGCACAAGCUGGCUGGCCCAACGCCGCCAACCGUGGUAGCCGAAGCAGUAACGAACCACCCGCCUCGACGUUCGGCGCACUUCCAUACUACGUCCCUCCGUCGCAGACAAACACGCUCUUCUUCCAAUUCACCUCGUUCAGUCCGGACAUCAUGAACUGCACCGUUCUGGGCCCACAAAAUCAGCCGUAUUUCCGCGUCAUUACCGAUACGCCUACUCCGGGAUUUUCUGUCCUCCAAAAUGGACAGGGGAAAAACUUCGCCUUCAUCGAGUGGAGGAGCCACCCACUCAUCGAUAUGAAGGGUGUUGUGCCUAAGCAACGCAUUGGCGACUGGAUUCCCCUUUCCUCGGAUAAAAAGUAUCGAACAAUGCGAAUUGGAGAUAAGCAAUAUGCGUGGGUGCCUAACGGCCAAUAUAUUUCCCUAACGACUGUGGGAAACGGUCCUCCAGAGGUUCUCGCCAAGGUCUCUUCGAAUUCUGGUGUUGUAUUCCUUGAAGUGACGAGCCAGGCUAUCAACCUCGGUCUUCUGGAAGCCUCGGUCGUUGUCACUCUACUCCUCAUGUGUGGACGCAACGUAGAUUAA